AUGUCUGAAAGUGAUUCAUCAUGCUCGAGCGAUUCUGACGACUAUUCGUAUGAGCAAGAAAAAACCACAAAAAGAAAAUAUGUUUUUAAACAUGAAUAUUCGUAUUACAAGAAAAGCAAAAAGGAAUAUUUAGGAAUGCAAACACUUCUCGGAAGUCAACCAGAUGAAAUUAUUGAACAAAUACUAAACUUUAUGAAUUACAAAUCUUCGAUUCAAGCUUCGAGCGUUUCUCAACAAUUUAGAAGAGCUUGGAAACAAACUCCUCAUGGAAUAGUUUAUACCAUGGUCAUUCAAUUGAACUAUUCCUUUAAGAAACAUUCUUAUUCAUUGGAUGACAAAGUUGAUUGUAGAAAAUUUACAAAAGAAAUUGUUUUAGGAGUAAUGGAUCAAUAUAAAAGAGAAAAGAAGAAUUUAUUUCAUUUACGAAAGGCAGAUCGGCUAAUUAGUGAACUAAGAAAAACCAAAAAACAGUCAGAAAACUUUUCAAAUGCCAUUUCAAAAAUUACUGGAUUUGAUUAUGAAAGAACAAGCAAAAUGGACUAUGGAACACUUGUGUGUAAAGCUGCUGGCUUUGAAAUUGAAUUUGGAGAACUGGGAAUGGUUAGAUUUUGGGGAUGGGAUCCAUAUAGCAAGUAUGAAGAGGGUUCUUCCUAUCAUGGAAUAUCUGCAGAACUGAAAGGUUUAGAGUUAACAAAUGAAGAAUGGGAUAUAAUUAUUGGACAAGCAAGUGAUUAUAUUGAUUCAUGUCAAGAGUUUGAGGACUUUGACUAUUACGAUGAUAUGGGUAAAUCAGUAUUUACUGGGCAUGAAUUGGAAAUACCAUAG